AUGCAGCUCGUCGAUAAUAACACAUUUCUGCAGCAGCUGGGCGCCCUCUUCGAAUCGCCUAAAGACAAGGGCACAAUAUGGCUCACUCAUAAGCGAGUAACUCACGAUGGCGAUGAUUCCGUAAUGAAAGAGGAUGAUGGGAGCGAUAGGGGCAGAGAAUAUCCCUGUAUCAUUCGUGUCACUGAUGGCAAGAAGGCGAAAUUCUCCACCAAGAUUUUAUCAACAGACCUCGACAAAUUCCACUCUGCAUACGGUGCCCUGCUGAAAGCAUCCAUGACCACCCUUCGCAAGCGUGAUAAAAAACGUGAAAAGCAACGCGCCGAGCAACUCACAAAAAAGAAGCAGCGCAUGGCAGACCCAGUUGUUAUCAAUGGACCUAGACGAGGGAAUGGUAGACGCAAGAGGCAGCGACAAGUCAAAGCAGCCCUCAAGCACGAGGACAUGAAGGAGCGCGCAGCCAAGAGGGAAGAGGCACGGGCAAAGCAAUGA